AUGCCCACCGCCAAGACUCCCGGGGGCUCGACGGGCACAAAAGUCCCUCUGUCUGAGCGGAGCCGAGGUUCUGGCCUGCACGGCUCUUAUUUCUGCCGGGCUCAGGGUUCGCUCGGUCACUUGAACCCACAGGUGCUGAGAGGGGACGUCGGCGUGCACGCCCCGGCCCCCCUGCAUUCCCAGGAAACGUUCAGACGAGAGAGUAAAAUAUCUCAGGCUGAGGUGGACAACCUGCAGUUAGAAAAAAUCGGACUAAAUAACUUGCUGUCACAUAUAGAGAAGCGCUGCUCCCUCUCCUCCUGGAUCAAAGAAAACAUCGAGAAGAAGGAGUGCAGCUACUACGUGGAGGGUAGCAGCGAUGGAAUCUGCGAGUGCGGCUACCAAAAAAUCAACCACAGCGAUGAGGCCAUCAAGCCCGAGGAGUUCAUGGGGCAGAAGUAUGACAGACACAAACACGUCACGGAGGUCUCCACCGACGCGUUCGGAGAUAUCAGCUUCGAGGGGAUUGGACAGAAAACUAGCAAGUAUAUCCGGGUAUCCUCGGAAACUUCUUCUGAUCUUCUGUACCAGUUGAUGACAGAACUGUGGCAGCUUCAGCCCCCCAACCUGCUGAUCUCAGUGACGGGGGGAGCCAAAAACUUCGACAUGAAGACCCAGCUGAAGAACAAGUUUCGUCGAGGUUUGAUUAAAGUGGCCCAAACCACAGGUGCGUGGAUCCUGACCGGCGGCACACAUGCCGGCGUGAUGAAGCACGUGGGCCGAGCCGUGCGCGACUACAACCUCAGCAGCAACGCCGUGGAGGGUCAGAUCGUGGCUAUUGGAGUGGCGACCUGGGGGGUCAUUCACAACCGCCAGGCUUUAGUUCAUCCUGAGGGUCGAUUUCCUGCUUAUUACUAUCUGGAUGAGGAAGGUCAGGGUCGGCUAUCCUGUCUGGACAUUAAUCACUCUCACUUCAUUCUGGUGGACGACGGGACGCACGGCAAAUACGGGGCCGAGAUCGACCUCCGCGGACGCCUGGAGAAGCUCAUCUCAGAAAAAGCUCUAGGAAAUAAAGACAGUGAAGUGACCAUUCCGGUCGUUUGUGUGAUGCUGGACGGAGGACCUGGAACUCUAAACACGAUCUACAACUCCAUGAUAAACCACACUCCCUGUGUUAUUCUGGAAGGUUCUGGACGCUUGGCUGACGUCCUGUCCAGCGUCGCAUCUCUACCCUUCACACAGAUCACCAUCGAGCUCAUCGAUCGACUGAUGAAGAAAUACUUUGCAGAGGAGUAUAAAAACUUCACAGAACGUGAUAUCAUCGAGUGGACUAAAAAGAUUCAGGACAUCGCUCGGAUGCCGGAGCUGUUGACGGUGUUCCGUAUAGACGAGGAGAAGAACUGUGAUGUGGACGUGGCCAUACUGCACGCUUUCUUAAAAGCAUCACAGAGCAGCGAUACUGGAGGUAAGCAGAGCAGGGAGAGGCAGCUGGAACUGGCAGUGGCCUGGAACCGUGUGGACAUCGCAGAGGAUUAUAUCUUCACCGAGGAGAGGAACUGGGUGUCCGGUGAUCUGCACCACGCCAUGUUCUCCGCCCUGCUCGGCCACAAAGCCGAGUUCGUCCGUCUGCUGCUGGAGAACGGCCUGUGCAUCGUCCAGUUCCUCCAGCAUAAAGAUACGCUCCGGGACCUCUAUACCAAAAUGCCCAGCUGCCUUUUCCUGCAUCGAGUGGCCAAGAGAGCCCAGGAAGGGAAGAUCACGCUGAGCCACGUAGCUGCCGAGGUGCAGCGUCUGCUGGGAAGCUUUACUCAACCGCUCUACAGCAUAGAGCCGCCCUGCCACACCGUAGAGCUGGGCGGAGACGACGUCGAUUCUCCAUCUCCAUCCAAAAGCCAGACGCCGAAUCGACCAGGCUCAGGGAAGGAGGCGAUGAGUGGUGCAGGUAAAGAUCUGUUCCUCUGGAGCGUGGUGCAGAACCAAAGAGAGCUGUCCGAAAUCGCUUGGGAACAGUGCAAUGACUGCAUUGCUGCCGCUCUGGCCGCCAGUAGGAUCCUCAAGAAGCUGGCACGGGAGGGCGGAGAGCACGACGAGCAGGCCGAGUCCAUGAGAGAAGUCGCUGACCACUAUGAGGACCAGGCCAUCGGCGUCUUUAACGAGUGCUACACCUGUGAUAAGCAGCGAGCGCAGAAGCUGCUGACCCGAGUCUCUCCAUCCUGGGGUGGAACAACCUGCUUUUGUCUGGCUCUGGAGGCCAACGAUAAAGCCUUCAUAGCUCACUCAGGUGUUCAGGCUCUGUUAACACAGAUGUGGUGUGGUCAGUUAGCAGUGGACACUCCGUACUGGAAGUUAAUGCUCUGCAUGUUUUUCUUCCCGCUCAUCUACACCGGAUUCGUGGUUUUUAGGCAGGACGAGGCCGUCCGGAGGGAAGCACUGAGGACCGAGCAGCAGAAGAUGGUUUCAGGUACUGGGAGUAACAGCAGGAGCAGACAUGGCCAUCGUGAUGAGCCCCCUAAGAGCUUGGUACGCCCUCUGAACUGCUGGACGCGAGUGACCGGACUGUACGGCUGUCCUCAGGUCAAGUUCUACUGGAACAUUGUGUUUUACUUUGGCUUCCUGUUGCUCUUCGCUGUGGUUCUGAUGAUGGACUUCCAGUCGUCCCCGUCCUGGAGGGAGCUGCUCCUGUACGUGUGGAUCGUCUCGCUCAUGUGUGAGGAGGUCCGACAGCUGUUUUUAGAUUUCUCUGACGGCUUCGACCUGAGGAAGAGGGUGAAGAUUUACAUCAAGGACCUGUGGAACAUUCUGGAUGUGCUGGCGAUACUGCUGUUCAUCACCGGCCUCGCCUGCAGGCUCCAGGCUUCGGUUACGGUGUUUUACGUGGGUAAAGUCAUCCUCUGUAUCGACUUUAUCAUAUUCUGCUUACGCCUGAUGUCCAUCUUCACCAUCAGCCGAACCCUCGGCCCUAAAAUUAUCAUCGUCAAGAAAAUGAUGAUGGAUCUGUUCUUCUUCAUGUUCCUGCUCAGUAUCUGGGUGGUGGCGUACGGCGUGGCCAAACAGGGCAUCCUGAUCGAGAAUGAGGAGCGCAUCGGGUGGAUCAUUCGGGGUGCCGUGUACGAGCCCUACCGUAUCAUAUUCGGGGACAUGCCAGCGAGUGUGGACAAUACGCAGUUUACCCUGGACAGUUGCAGUGUAAACGGCACAGAUCCUCUGAAGCCCAAGUGUCCGAUGCUGGACGGUAACAACCUCCCGAUCUUUCCUGAUUGGCUGACCAUCAUCAUGCUGUGUGUUUAUCUGCUCUUCGCCAACAUCCUGCUUCUCAACCUCCUCAUCGCCAUCUUCAACUACACGUUCGAGGGGGUGCAGGAUAAUACAGACGCAAUCUGGAAGUUUCAGCGUUACGAGCUAAUAAAGGAGUACCACACCCGUCCGGCCCUGCCUCCACCCUUCAUCCUCCUGAGCCAUUUAGGUCUCUUUAUUAAACGCCUGAUCCUGCGACGCGGCCCUCACCAGAAGCUCUACAGACAGGAACUGAGUCAGAAGGAGGACGAGGAGCUGCUAUCAUGGGAGUCGUUCAUGAAGGACAACUAUCUGGCGUCUCUGAAGCACGACAUGAGCCAGAGUACCGAUCAGCGCAUCCAGAACACAGCAGAAAUGGUUGAGACCAUGUCUGAAAUGCUGGAACAGAAGCAGGAGUGGGGUUCAGUGGAGCUGAAGAAAAGGCUGACCCGGCUGGAGGAUCAGGUCUGUCAGUCCGCUAAAGCGCUCCAGUGGAUCAUGAACGCUCUUCAAAGCCAAGGGUACAAAUCCCAACAGGAGGCGCCGACACUGACGUGUGUCGCUAAGAGCGCUAACUCCGAGCCUUCAGAAGGUCCAGAACAGGAACCAGAGAAGACUCAUCACUACCGGUCCCGCCAGCCUCAGUACCCCGGCAGCACCGUGAGACGCUUCCCUGUUCCUGAGGAGAAAGUACCCUGGGAGGUCGACUUCGCCGCGUAUCUUCCUUCAGUUCUCGACCAAGAGGAAAGCCCCGACUCGAACAGCUUCAGGAACCCUGCUGGCCGGACAGGGAUAAGAGGAAGAGGAGCUCUGAAAACCCUUGGUCCUAAUUUAAACUUAGAUCUGGUUAUUACAAGAAGGGAAGGCCCUCAGCUGAAGUUUUUGACGGUGUGGGAUGAGACAGCAGGGUGCUUCACUCUACCCGGGGGCCCUGUGACUGCUGGGGAGACCCUACCAAAAAUACUGGAAACAGCACUGGGGAAGAAGCUGUACCAGGAAAUCAAAGAUAAAAUACGAGCUGGAGAAUUCACUGAGCUCUACAGGGAUUAUGUGGAUGAUGUUGGUAACACAGAUAACGCCUGGAUGGAAGCAACCGUUCUGAACCUGAACUGGCAAAGUCUGAAGAUCGACACCGGCUAUGAGUCGACGUUCAGGUUGGAGUGGUGCACGGUGAGCAGCAGAGCGCCGGUUUCUCACUACCAACACGAGGCUCUUCGUAAAGUUGCCCAGAUUCACCACGUAAACUUCAAAGAGAACGUGUAAGUCUCAGGAACAUCCGGGUAACGAGGGGGUUAACGAGGUUCCAAACCUCACACUACACACCCCCAGAAUUCUACUCAGUGCUGUCAUGCAACUGUUUGCACAUGUCUGUUUUGUUUGCAACUUUAUUUAUACUGUAAUUUAAUAAAUAUCUAAUAAAUAA